AUGACCCCCUCUUCCCCGGUUCUGGGCGCUGCUAACAUCGCACGGUGGAUUCUGAGGAGUCAGGCACUUCAAACCAUGGGUCACUUGAAAUCUGCUCCCACGGGGUACCCUAACCCUUCUCGAACAACCAAGAGAGAGUUGAGGGAAGAUUCGGCGGAGCCCAUCGACCUCGAGCGAGACCGAGCCGUGGGAACGAAACCAAGCGCGCCGAAGAAGCAGAGGACGUCCAAUGGCCCAUCAGGCAUCGCGAUACAGCCAGACAGCGUCGAUGGAGAGAACGGGGCCGCGGCCGGCUUCUGCUUGAUGUGCGUGAAGCGGAUGAGCCAGGGAAUCUUCGAUGGAGAGAACCUCAGCCUCAAAAAGCCGGUUGAUGGUCCGGCGCUGUGCCCGGCUUGUGUGAACAAAAUGCCCUGGAAGAGCCUCAUCGAGGCGUAUGUCAAAUCGUCAAAGGCGACAUGGGAGGAGCACAUUAUCCUCGGCCUCGGAAGCCCCGACGCGCCAGUCAGCGACAAGGUCUGCGUGGACCUAGGCACGGAGGAGGGACGCGAAGUUGGCGUUUGGGCGAUCGGGGCCGAGUCCCAGGACCUCCGCGCGAGCGCAUCCAAGGCACGAAAAGCGGCGAUAGACUUCGCCACCCAGUGCGUGCGCUGGCACAAUGCGACAGCAGAUUUGCGCGCGGCUGCGUCCGUCUUUGCCGAGCUUCAGGGCUCCUACGCAGACUACGUGACGCGAUUCAAGUCGGCCUGUUUGGCCAAUGACCAGUUGCUGCACGACAAGACCAUGCGUGAGGCUGCCACACACUUCCGCUCUGUCAAGAUGGCUCAAAUGUCGCGCGACCGAUGCCAGGCCCUGCUCAAUGAGAUAUCAAUGGCGCUACGAACUCUCAUCCGCCCCGCCAUACCAUAG